AUGUAUACAAAACAUAUGGCCGCUUUAACUGGUCAAACAUUAGCGGAUCGAUAUUUGAUGACAAAACGCCUUGGUGAUGGAACAUUUGGUGAAGUAUUACUUGCUAAAAAACUUGAUACUGGUGAUAAAGUAGCCGUUAAAAGAAUGAAACGAAAAUUUUAUUCAUGGAAUGAAGCAAUGGCAUUACGAGAAGUGAAAUCAUUAAAAAAAAUGAAUCAUCCAAAUAUCAUCAAAUUACGUGAAGUAAUCCGUGAACAUGAUAAUUUAUAUUUUGUUUUCGAAUAUAUGCAAGAGAAUUUAUACGAACUUAUGAAAGACAGGUAA